AUGACCGAGUCAGCAACCAAGUCAGACCUUCUGCCUACCGACUUCGUCGGAACCACUAUGGCCGGCGUGCAGAAUGAGGAUGGCAAAUUUCGCAUCUACUUCCAGAACAAAGACUACCAGAUCUGUGAAAUGUCGUUUAACGACCCAAACAGCACAUCUUACACCAUCCCCAAACUCACCACUGCCACUAUGCCUGUUGCCCGCAUCAAUACACCCAUCGCAGCCGUGUCGUGGGACAACUUGCGACAGAUUCGUGUGUAUUAUAUCACUGUGGAUAGCCAGGUCCAAGAGAUUUCUUAUACCCAGGGCGUUGGUUGGCACAAAGAUGCUCAGUUGGCUGCUGCAGUUGACAACAGCACCUGCUUGUAUGCACAGCAGCGACUCAAGGAGCCUUUCAUAAGGGUCGGGUACCAGUCUUCUGUGGCUCCACAGACUAUCACAGAAGCUUGUUAUUAUCAGAGCGGAUGGAAGAAUCAUGUAUUGUAA